AGAAAUGCAUGAGGAAAAGAGUCGGUUGAUUUACUUCCUCUUUAAUCCAACAUGGCGGCCUCCUGUGGGUUGUGUUUUGCAGUACUGGGAUUAGCUUGCUGUAUAUGUCUUGCACUGAGUACCUGCCCUCCAGGACAGUUCGGAGACUCCUGUAGCUAUUCCUGUCACUGUGAAGGAGUGGCCGAGUGUAACUCCACCACAGGAGAAUGUCCUGGGGCCUGUGACCUACAGUGGAGGGAUGGGAGGAACGACACUUGUCAAAGAGAGAACGUGGCCUUCAACAAGACAGCCACCUCUACAUCUGGAACACUUGAUGGUUACAACUGGACUUCAGACAAGGCUGUGGACGGGAACAGGAGCCAGGACGUGUAUGGCGGCUCCUGCUUCCACUCUGUCAACUACCCGAGUAUGUGGAGGGUGGACCUGGGACGGCAGUACAGGAUACAUCAUGUUACAGUCUACCACAGGGAUCACUAUUUAUACAGGAUAGCUAACUGCACCAUGCACCUGAGUAAUGACAACACCUCUGACGGGACACUGUGCUACACAUUCCCUGCCACUGUCACCAACUCAGUGAUCGACCUGGUGUGUGACGGCAGGGGCAGAUACCUCAUCAUCAGGAACCCGGGUACAGCGGAUAAAGGGGAUGACACGCUCAACAUCUGUGAAGUGGAAAUAUACGUGUGCAGUCAUGGGACAUAUGGCAAUUUCUGCGACAAAUUCUGCCACUGUCUGAACAGCUCCUGUGACCCAGACAGCGGUAUGUGUUCUGGAGACUGUACACCAGGGUGGAAGGGAGACAGGUGUGACAUAGAAUGUAGCCAAGGUACUUACGGAGACGCAUGUGCGAACAAAUGUCAGGACAGAAACUGUCAGGGAACUCCGCCAUGUCAUCACGUGACUGGGAAGUGUGAACCCGGAUGUAAGGCCGGAUGGACGGGAGAAGACUGCAGCAGAGAAUGCGAUGGCGGCAACUAUGGUGUCGACUGUAAGAAAACAUGUAUCGGGAGGAAGUGUGCUGGCACCAACCCAUCAUGUGACCGCUACAACGGGUCAUGUGACACUGGGUGUCUCGUGGGGUGGACGGGUGAUGACUGCACACAAGCUGCCUCGACCUCUGUGGCUGUGAUACCUCUAGCAGCAGGUUUAGUUGCCAUAGUACUGAUAGCCAUGCUGAUUGUUCUCAUCAUCGUCCGAAUCAGAAAAAGUAGGAAACGUACAGCAAUGGAGUCUGCACAGCAAACCGUACACAACUCUGAAGUGAGACCAUCAAGUGGGGCUGACUUGCACUAUUCACAACUGUGUCAACCUGAAUUCCAACAAGAGUCAAUGGAGGAGAGUGUUUAUGAGCGGCUUGGAGAUGAGGGCGAACAUGGAUCAGUUUCAGGCCUAACAAAUGUGAAUUUGGAAGGAGUAAAUCACGAAUCGGGUGGACGCACGAUUACAGAAACUUCUGUGUAUGAGACUAUUUCCGAAGAGGAGGGCUACACUGACCCUAUUCACGGCCUGUUGAGAGAGAGUGAUCAUCCACAUGCUAACUAUCCUACCCGCCAUAGCCCUUGCGUCGGUCGAAUGAUUCAAGUGUCAGAUCUGGAGGACUUUGAACGUCAACUGGAGGAACAUCCUAGAGAAGCAGAGGAGGAAUUUAAGAAUUUGCCAGAUGGCUUCAUGCACUGUUACAAUGACUCCCAGCUACCACAAAACAAAGGGAAAAACAGAUUUAAAUCCUACUACCCAUAUGACUACAACCGGGUGGUGUUAAACGAUGGCCAGACCAGCAACUACAUCAAUGCCAGCUACAUGGACGGCUACAAGACUGAGAGGAAAUACAUCGCUGCACAAGGGCCCUACAAGCCUGAUGUGGUUGAGGAUUUCUGGAGGAUGAUCUGGCAGGAAGGAUGCACUACGAUCGUCAUGGUGACGGGACUCGAGGAAGGGGGCAAGAUGAAUUGUCUUCGUUACUGGCCGGAAAAAGACCAGGACUCAUACGGUGACAUCACGGUAACCAUGGAGACAGAAACAUGUCUUGCAAACUACACACUCGCAAAGCUGACUGUGCAACACAAGAAGAAGACAACGAAGCGGCACGUGCGUCAUUUCCAUUUUACAACCUGGCUGGAUCGUAGUGUUCCAGAUAUGUAUGCAUUCUUGGAGUUCAGGUGGAAGAUCAAGGAACUAGCUGGAAAACAAAAGCAACCAAUCACCGUUCACUGCAGCGCCGGCAUUGGCCAGACAGGCACGUACAUCGCUAUUGAUAGUCUCGCGGAGCAGGCAACAACAGAAUGCGCUGUGGACGUUGUCAGCUUCGUCUCCAACUUGAGAAGUCAGAGGAAAGGCAUGAUACAAUCAAAAGAUCAGUACCUGUUCGUGUACCAGGCGGUGGCAAGGGCGGCGGCAGACGGAAACAUGACUCUGGACUCCCGUACGCUGAAGGGAGUGGAUCUUGGCCACCUUGCUAACCUCACGAUGGGAAACAAGACUGUGCAACAACAUCUUGAGGUGCUUCAAUGUACUCCUGCCCAAAAUACUGAGAUUGACAUCAUUGUUUCAAUGCCUUCACAUGUAUCCACAAAUGGGUUCUACGUCUUGACGUCACUUCCGGACAAAGAGGAAGUUUGGAAUCAAAUUUACAAGACUAGGUCUCGCAGUCUGGUCACGUGGGCACAGGACAAUCAGACAUACCUUCCAUCAACAGAAUCCUCUGUCACAACAUCAAGACUCACAGCAAGCAUGCGCAGUCGCACU